AUGGUCAUUGAGAUCAACCCAGAUGCUCUUACAAUCGCUGGCAACCUUGAUGCUCAACGAGCGAAUGGCACUGUGCUUGGGCCUCUACACGGGAUUCCGAUUUUGAUUAAGAACAACAUCGCGACGGCCGACAAGAUGGAUAACACGGCUGGAUCGUAUGCACUUGCUGGAGCAAAGGUUCCCAGGGAUAGUACAAUUGCAGCGAAGCUCCGCAAAGCCGGUGCAGUAAUCCUGGGAAAGACAAACUUAUCUCAAUGGGCCAAUUAUCGAAGCUUCAACACCAGCAACGGGUGGUCAGCAAUUGGAGGACAAACCCAAGGUGCUUAUUACCCAGGUCAAGACCCUUCAGGAUCGUCUUCUGGGAGUGGUGUUUCCAGCUCUCUGGGGCUCGCACUUGCAGCUCUAGGCACAGAAACCGAUGGUUCUAUCUUGUCGCCUUCAGAUGUCAACAACCUUGUGGGAAUCAAACCAACUGUUGGUCUCACGGCGAGAGAUUUGGUUGUUCCCAUAUCCGAGCAUCAAGAUACGGUCGGACCAAUGGCUCGAACGGUGAGAGACGCAGCCUACGUUCUUGCGGCAAUCGCUGGAAAGUCUUCAUAUGACAAUUACACUGAUGCAAUUCCUUUCGACACGAUUCCUGACUAUGUGGCUGCCUGCAACUUUUCUGCCCUACGUGGGAAACGUAUUGGCGUUCCCCGAAACUUGAUCGACCUUACAUCUGAUCCGGCCGCUGCGCCUAUCGUCCCAGUGUUCAAUGCAGCGCUUGACAUCUUGCGAGCCGCUGGAGCGAUUGUCAUCGACAACACAAACUUCACGGGCUAUGAUGCCUUGAGUGAAGGCAAUUACAGCAAUAUCGUCCUUGAGGCAGACUUCAUCAGUGACUUGCCUAAGGAGUAUCUUUCCAAGUUAUCGUACAACCCGAACAACAUUCAUUCAGUCGCGGAUGUGCGAAACUUUACUCAUGACUUUCCUCUCGAAGACUGGCCCGAAAGAGAUACGUUGAUCUGGGAUGGUGCUCUAGAGCUGGGCUAUGGCAAUACCUCUCCGGAGUUUUGGUCGAAUUAUACGAUGAACACGUUCUUAGCUGGCGAAAUGGGAAUUACUGGAGCUCUGAAGAAUUAUUCCUUGGACGCGCUGGUGUUGCCUACUGAAUUUUCACCAAACUUUCCAGCUUUGAUUGGAGCUCCUGUGGUGACUGUACCUCUGGGUGCAUAUCCGCCAAACACCACUGUGCUCCUGAAUCAGUUUGGAAAUUUGAAUGCCACAGCUCCAAAUAUGCCCUUUGGCAUUAGCUUCAUGGGACCUCGCUUCAGUGAGGAGCUGUUGAUUGGACUGGCUUAUGCUUUCGAACAGCGCACAAUGGUCCGGAAUACUAUCACACCAUACAUUCAGCCUACCACCGAGCUUGCUGAUGUAGUGCAUGCGCGGCAAAGGAUGAAGGAGUUAUAG